CCUUCCGGCCCGGGCGGCUGCGGGAGACCGGGGAUGGCGGAUUCGUGCCAGAACCUCACGUACGUGCGGGACUCGGUGGGCCCGGCCACCAGCGCCCUGAUGUUCGUGGCGGGCGUGGUGGGCAACGGGCUGGCCCUGGGCAUCUUGGGGGCGCGGCGACGGUCACGCCCCUCGGCCUUCGCGGUGCUGGUCACCGGGCUGGCGGUCACCGACCUGCUGGGCACGUGCUUCCUGAGUCCAGCGGUGUUCGCGGCCUACGCCCGCAACAGCUCGCUGCUGGGCCUGGCCCGGGGCCGCCCGGCGCUGUGCGAUGCCUUCGCCUUCGCCAUGACCUUCUUCGGCCUGGCCUCCACGCUCAUCCUCUUCGCCAUGGCCGUGGAGCGCUGCCUGGCGCUCAGUCACCCCUACCUCUACGCCCAGCUGGACGGGCCGCGCCGCGCCCGCCUGGCGCUGCCCGCCAUCUACGCCUUCUGCACCGUCUUCUGCUCGCUGCCCCUGCUGGGCCUGGGCCAACACCAGCAGUACUGCCCGGGCAGCUGGUGCUUCAUCCGUAUGCGCUCGGCCGAGCUGGGCGGCUGCGCAUUCUCGCUGGCCUACGCCAGCCUCGUGGCCCUGCUGGUGGCCGCCAUCAUCCUCUGCAACGGCUCGGUCACCUUCAGCCUCUGCCGCAUGUACCGCCAGCAGAGGCGCCACCACGGCUCGCUGGUCCCCGGCCCCCGGGCGGGCGAAGAUGAGGUUGACCACCUGAUUCUGCUGGGCCUCAUGACGGGCAUCAUGGCCGUGUGCUCCCUGCCUCUCACGAUCCGCGGCUUCACCCAGGCCAUCGCCCCGGACAGCAGUGAGAUGGGGGACCUCCUCGCUUUCCGUUUCAAUGCCUUCAACCCCAUCCUGGACCCCUGGGUCUUCAUCCUUUUCCGCAAGGCCGUCUUCCAGCGGCUCAAGCUCUGGUUCUGUUGCUUGCGCCCGAGGCCUGGCCAGGGCGACUUGCAGACGUCCCUCUCCCAGCCGGCCUCGGGGAGGAAGGGCUCAAGGGCCCCCACUGCUCUCGGGGGGAAGGAAGGGAGCUGGGUGCAUUUGUCAGCCUGGGGCGAGGGGCAGGGGGCACCCUUGCCUGUCCCACAGCCAUCCAGCAGCACCGUGGGAACACCAUCCAAAGUGGGGUCCGAGACAGCCUGCUCCCUCUGCUGACAUCUGCCCCGUGAUCUCCUGCCCUGUCUUCCGGGAGCAGGAGCCAGAAAUUCAGGGACAUGACCGAUGGCUGCGGGUGGACAAGCCCAGAGAUGGAUCCUGGAGCCCAGCCGGCCAGAAUGUUGACCCCCUGGAUUCAGGGGGUGAUCAGCUGCUAUUCCUCCUCCUUCAGGGUGGCCACGAUGGGCUGUGGGAGGAGGGAGAGAGGGAGAGGAAACAAUUAUCCUGGAGCAUAAAAAGAGCAGUUCUCUCAAAAUAUCCGGUGGCCUGGGUGGCCUGGUCUGGCCCUCGCUUUGCCCAUCCAUCUCACUGUCUAAAUAUUUAGAAGGCAGAAGAGUUCCCAGCAGCUUCUGUGCACUCAGGUCUCAUCUGGUUAGGCUUCUGGUCUGAUCCUCAUUCAUUCAGGGUGCCCUGGAUGCCCACGUCAAACCCCCGGCGGACAGCCCUGCCCUCUCCCAGUCCACUCCAAGAGCCACCCUCUCUCUGCCUCACGGGAGCCCAGGAUUCUCCGACAAGCUCCCUGCUUCCCUUUACUUCUGAUUCCCCAUCAGACUUGGGAGGCCUGGUCCCCGCAGGGGAGGUGAAGAAGGGGAGACUGUUGCAUUGUGGGUGACACCACUGGACAGGUGCCUGGAAACUGCAUGGCUUGAGCCUCACUUCAUCGCCUGUGUCCUGGGAACUGCCACAAAACUGUCAUUCAUUCAUUAAUUCAUUCAUUCAACAAAUAGUGGGCGCUGACUCUACCAGGUGCUGUGGGCACAGAGCAGUCUCGGCCCCACCCUGGACUCCUCUGGGGUGAUUUCCAGUCUUCAGUUCCCCUUCUGAUUGCUGGGGUGAUGUCCAGCCAUCCCCCCCUCCCCCCUUCUCGUUGCUAUCCCCUGCCCUCAGGUACAGAAUUCAAGGGUUUGCCAGGAGUGAACAUGAAAGGAAGUGGUACUUCUGGUGGUGAGAGGAGGUGAAUGGGAAAGCCCCCAGACUCACCCCCAGCCCUGGGUUCCCCUUUCUCACUUGGCUUCAGGGUUAAAACAAUAAAUCUGCCCCUGAGGAGGGCUGGAGGAGUAGA